AUAAUCAAGUAUUACGUCAUAAAGCACGGAUAAUGUGAGUAACCAAUACAAACUUACCCAAUUGUCUUGUGUGUUCUUUUCAACUCAAAACACUUUGUCACCAGCUCAGUACAGAAUUGUCUGUGAUUGUGGAGAGAUCAGUGAUGCGAUGAAAUCCAUUGAAAUUUCCCUGGUGUUAUUCAUUAACUUCUCAUUGAUACUGGGAGCGAAUAUUCUUGUGCUCGAGGGCCUUCCAUCUCCCAGUCACCAUGUUCUUUUCCGGGUUGUGAAUGAAGCUUUAGCGGCCAGAGGACACAAUGUCACCUCAAUCAGUGCGGAUAUUGAUGAAAAUGUAUCUCAAAACUUAACUUACCUUCACCUUGAUCGUGUCUAUGAGCAUUUGUACGAUAGUGAUGACAUGAAUUUUGUGGAUAUAGGCAAGGUUAAUCCUUGGAUUACAUUAGGAAUCCUCAAUCACUACAUUCUGAAGGCAUUUACCGGAUUGCAGAAGUCUUCAGGAUAUCAUCAGUUAUUGGCCUAUCCUGAUGAUUUCAAAGUCGAUUUGAUAAUUUACGACUUCAUAGCCACACCUAUGCUCUUAGGCUUCAAGCAUAAGUUCGGCAAUCCACCUUUAAUAGGUUUAACAGGAUAUAAUGCCAUUUCCACGACUAGUGCUAUCAUAGGUUCGCCCUAUCACUCGGCAUUUGUACCUCAUCACUGUCGUUUGGACACUGGAAAUAGUUUCUUGAAACGUGUGGAGAACUAUCUACUCCACUGGGCAGAUCAUGCAUCAAGAAAGUACAUAAUAUUGCCUAAACUAUACUCAGCAUUGAAGAAAGAUCUGCCUAACCUUCCGCCACUAGCUCAGCUCGAGGAAACAGCACGUCUGGCUUUGAUAAAUUACAAUCCGGUUUUUGAGCCGUCAGAACCCAUGCUGCCAGGAGUGAUAGGGGUAGCAGGUCUACAAAUUAAGGAUCCCAAACCUCUUCCUCCGGAUAUUGAAGAGAUCGCUUCGAAGGGGGCAUUUAUUUUCUUCAGCUUAGGCACCAAUGCUCAGCCUGAAAUGCUUGGUGAUGCUAGACUCAAGCAUAUCAUAGAAACCAUGAGGGAACUAAAGCAGUUCAUGUUCUUCUGGAAGGCAAAGGGCAGAUUGCCAAUUGACACUCCACCGAAUCUUGUGAUGCGAUCUUGGUUUCCUCAGUCAGAUCUAUUGGCUCAUCCCAAUGCGCGGCUAUUCAUAAGUCACUGUGGUCUGCUCAGCACUUACGAAGCGACCUGGAGAGGAGUUCCCAUUCUCGCCGUGCCUAUUUUUCUGGAUCAGUUCAUGAAUGCUGAAAAUUCCGUGAAGGCGGGAAUGGCUCUCGAGUAUGACAUUAGAAACGUGACGAAGAACACUUUCAAAGCGAUCAUUCUCGAGAUGAUCAGUAAUCCAAAAUAUAAGGAAAAUACUCUCGUUAGGAGUAAAUUGUUCAGGGAUCAGCCGGAAAUGCCACUCGAUCGCGCAUUGUGGUGGAUUGAGUAUGUAAUUAGGAACCCAAAGGAGAACAUCUUUAAAUCAGAAGCCAUCCAAUUAAAUAUCUUCCAGAAGCAUGAUGUUGAUGUGUUGAUAUUUAUUUUUGUUAUCUUUCUGAUUAUUCUGUAUAUAAAAUUAAAAAUCAUCGCAGCAAUACUUAGAGGGAUCUGUAAAUCGCUUCAGAAAACUCAGAAGAACAAAAAAGACUGAGAACCUGUAAUCAUUGAAUAAACCUUUUUAUCUAUAUACAAGUUGUCUUCCUGAUUGUUUGUGAGAUUUUAGUAUUUAUAGAGUCACCCCAGACAGAGGAAUAAAGAAAGUAAAUAGAAUGCAGAAAUAUUAAAGUCCGUAGUCACAAUAGUGUA